UGUGAUCAGGCUGGAAAGCCAAAUUCCUUAACCUCUGAUAGAUCCAUUAGCAUCUCCCUUGGAAAUAUGAGUGAUGUCUCUCACCCUUGUUCACAACUAUUUGAAAGAUACUCUGUCAAUCCAGUGGUUUGCAGAGCCAAAGAAGAUCAAAAGAAUUCAAGAAAUGUUACAGAUGGAGCAAAAAAACAGACUGCAAAUAAGAUCCUCCAAGUUUCUAAGCCCUCAGGACAUCAACCAGUUUCUGAAAGCCCUAGAUGGACCUCCAUAUCACAAUAUUUGAGUGACCGAGCCCCUGUUCAGGGUCACAGUUUCUCAUUGAUGUCUAGACAGCAAGACGAAAGUCAGCUUCUUGGUUGCAGAGAGGAAGUGACAAUCAGUAGAAUAUCACAACAAAUGUCCACUUUUGAUAAGAAUCCAAGCUACAGCACCAAUGAUCUAGAGUACUACCAUACACCAUCUGAAGAUGCUGGUGAGUACUCAAGUUGUGCCCUUGAUACUUCAGAUAUCAGCGAGGAGACUGUCCAGGUUCAGGAUGAUGAUGCAGCAUCCGUGGCACCAAGUGAAUGCAACACAGACAUUCUUGUCAGCAUUAACCCUCUUGCGAAUGCCACCCAGAAGGAGCAUCCUAAGGUUCCGGAGGAUCUGCCGAUGCACAACAAGUUCUCCAACUGGUCGGGCGUAAACUAUCAGCCACCUUUAAAUCUGGGCAGCAGUGUGUCUCCAUCAGAUCUCACUCGUGUCACCAGACAGAAAACAAAAAGCAGGUGUCCAGAUGUGUGCAGCUCAGAAAGUCAGGGGUCAGGUUUAGGGGAAGAGAGAGUGGCCUUGAGGAGCAACAGGGCAAAGGAGAUUGAGAUGUUGCGGAAGGAACGGGAGCAAGUAAUGGCUGCUGUUCGCCUCGACAUGAAUCCUCACCAACUGACUGUGGAGCUGACGGAGGCUAAGCUGCACUAUGGCCUGGGGGAAACUGAUGCGUUGCUGAAGCUGCUGAAGUCCAAUUCCAGGGAGGGGCCCUCUGCUGUCCCCACCAAACAGCAGCUCUAUGACAGACACAGGAGAAGCAUUGAAGGAUUACGCCAGGAGAGAGAGGCGCAGCUCCAAACCUGCCGGCGAGCGCGCAGCCUCAGCCCCGGCAAGCACCCCAUCCCCCCAGACCAAGGCACAGAACCGCCCACCAGGAGAGUCCCUGAUUCGCCUAGUCGGCGCAGGGAGUACUUGCAACAGCUUCGUCAGGUGGUGGUGGAGAGCACCAGAGUUCCAGAGCCCCCACGGCAGGUGGGCCAGUGCCCCUCUGAGAUCGAGCUGCUUCUGCGGGACUACGGCCGGGCACGCGAGGAGGCCAGGACGGAGAUCGCGCGCGCGCGGGACCGGCUUCGCGAGAGGACUGAGCAGGAGAAGAGACGACUCCAGCAGCAGGCUCUGUCUCGGGCAGUGAAGGAUGACUUGCGAUUCCGAACCCGUGUCAGCAGCAGCACUCUCUGUACUGGGUCAAGCCUCAGCCUGUCCUCGGGCCCCACUUCUGGCUAUAAUAGCAGCAACACUGUCCUACUAAAAGAGGGCAGCAGACCUACACAGACACUGCAGGUUCCAGAAAGUGGAGGGUUGAAGGUCAGAGGUCAUCCUCCUUUACGGGCCUCACAGAAUGUGGACAGUCAGCGACUGUGGCUCUCUGCCCAGGAUGUACGUUUGGAGACACCAGUCACUGAGAGCAGCCCCCAGCAGCCCUCCCCACGUGGACGCCAUCGCACCCUGUCUGUCAGCUUGCCCUUCUCCAUGUCCACCUCCUACCAGGACAUCGCCAAAUGCACCCUCACAAGCGCUAUCACAGAGGUACGUUCAGCUGCAGCAGGAGACCUCGGCAACCUGCUGGAGGGGAGGGCCUCUGGAGGUUGGAGGUACCAGGGAACAGAGCGAGGCGUGCAGGCCUUCUACAAGCCCUCCGCCAGCCCUUUAGUGCACAGCUUUCUCGGGGCUACGGAGCUGGAAAGGCCCCUGCCCAGCCUGUGGUGCAUGAUCCGGGAUCACUCCAAGACCCACCUGUACCACGAGUCUGUCCACUCCACCUGGACCCAGCCACUGGAUGACAGCACACAGCUGGUUUACCUGCUGACUGACCCCUCCGUGUGCCAUCUCACACAGCCACGAGACUUCUGCUGCAUCAGUACAGAGUCCAAACAGCAAGGUGAGUGGGUACUGGCGAUGCGUUCGGUGUUUGAGGAGUCUCUGCCACGCCCCAGUGUCGAUGCUGUCCGUGGGGAGCUGCUGCCCAGCGCCUGGGUCCUGCAGCCAACCCUUCGCCACGGUCGAGAGGUCGUCAGGGUCACAUACCUGCUGCAGGUGGACUUAGGGACUCCGGCCCUCCCACAGAGACUAUUGAGCAUUAUUGCCAGAAAACAAGCAGCUGUCAUUGCUGAGCUGGAUGCAUUUUUCUCACUCUGA